GUUCUCGCGCUGCGGCUCUCCCGUCGCAACGAGAUCCUUCGAGAUCUUCUCCGCCCACGCUACCGGCGCCUCUCUUGCGGCCGCUGAGCCGGAGCCCUCCUGAGUGGCGCCCUAGCCUGCGGGUCUCUUUCCAAAGACCUAGGCGCUCGCGUGGACUCUCGUCCCCCAGUCUACGCGGCCUGCUUCCCGCGCGCCAGCGCCGCCAGGGUCCGUGUCCUGUCUCCGUGACCGGACCCGGGCCCGAGCCCGACCAGUAGCCGGCGCCAUGUCGGUGGUGGGCAUAGACUUGGGCUUCCAGAGCUGCUACGUCGCAGUGGCCCGUGCCGGCGGCAUCGAGACGAUCGCUAACGAGUAUAGCGACCGCUGUACGCCGGCUUGCAUUUCUUUUGGUCCUAAGAAUCGUUCAAUUGGAGCAGCAGCUAAAAGCCAGGUGAUUUCCAAUGCAAAGAACACAGUCCAGGCAUUUAAAAGAUUUCAUGGACGAGCAUUCUCUGACCCAUUUGUGGAGGCAGAAAAAUCUAGCCUUGCCUAUGAUAUUGUGCAGUUGCCUACUGGAUUAACAGGCAUAAAGGUGACAUAUAUGGAAGAAGAGCGGAAUUUUACCACUGAGCAAGUGACUGCCAUGCUUCUGUCCAAAUUAAAAGAGACAGCAGAAAGUGUUCUUAAGAAGCCUGUUGUUGACUGUGUGGUUUCGGUUCCUUGUUUCUAUACUGAUGCAGAAAGACGAUCAGUGAUGGAUGCAACACAGAUUGCUGGUCUCAAUUGCCUGCGAUUGAUGAAUGAAACUACUGCAGUUGCUCUUGCAUAUGGAAUUUAUAAACAAGAUCUUCCUGCCUUAGAAGAGAAACCAAGAAAUGUAGUUUUUGUAGACAUGGGGCAUUCUGCUUAUCAAGUUUCUGUAUGUGCAUUUAAUAGAGGAAAACUGAAAGUUUUGGCUACAGCAUUUGACACAACACUGGGAGGCAGAAAAUUUGAUGAGGUGUUAGUAAAUCACUUCUGUGAAGAAUUUGGGAAGAAAUACAAGCUAGACAUAAAGUCUAAAAUCCGUGCACUAUUACGACUAUCUCAAGAGUGUGAGAAACUCAAGAAACUGAUGAGUGCAAAUGCUUCAGACCUCCCUUUGAGCAUUGAAUGUUUUAUGAAUGAUGUUGAUGUAUCUGGAACUAUGAAUAGAGGCAAAUUUCUGGCGAUGUGUGAUGACCUCUUAGCUAGAGUGGAGCCACCACUUCGUAGCGUUUUGGAGCAAGCCAAGUUAAAGAAAGAAGAUAUUUAUGCAGUGGAGAUAGUUGGUGGUGCUACACGAAUCCCUGCAGUAAAAGAGAAGAUUAGCAAAUACUUCGGUAAAGAGCUCAGUACGACGUUAAAUGCUGAUGAAGCUGUCACUCGAGGCUGUGCACUUCAGUGUGCCAUCUUGUCACCUGCCUUCAAAGUCAGAGAGUUCUGUAUUACUGAUGUGGUGCCAUAUCCAAUAUCUCUGAGAUGGAAUUCUCCAGCUGAAGAAGGGUCAAGUGACUGUGAAGUCUUUCCAAAAAAUCAUGCUGCUCCUUUCUCUAAAGUCCUCACCUUUUAUAGAAAGGAACCUUUCACUCUUGAGGCCUAUUAUAGCUCUCCUCAGGAUUUGCCUUACCCAGACUCUGCAAUUGUAUCCCUAGCUCAGUUCUCUGUUCAGAAGGUCACUCCGCAGUCCGAUGGCUCCACUUCAAAAGUGAAAGUCAAGGUCCGAGUAAAUGUCCAUGGCAUUUUCAGUGUGUCCAGUGCAUCCCUAGUGGAAGUGCACAAGUCUGAGGAAAACGAGGAGCCCAUGGAAACAGAUCAGAAUGCAAAGGAGGAAGAGAAGAUGCAAGUGGACCAGGAAGAACCACACGUUGAAGAGCAACAACAGCAGACACCAGCAGAAAAUAAGGCAGAGUCUGAAGAAAUGGAGACUUCUCAAGCUGGAUCAAAAGAUAAAAAGAUGGACCAACCACCCCAAGCGAAGAAGGCCAAAGUGAAGACCAGUACUGUGGACCUGCCCAUUGAGAAUCAGCUACUAUGGCAGAUAGACCGAGAGAUGCUCAACUUGUACAUUGAAAAUGAGGGUAAGAUGAUCAUGCAGGACAAACUAGAGAAGGAGCGGAAUGAUGCUAAGAAUGCAGUGGAAGAAUAUGUGUACGAAAUGAGAGACAAGCUCAGUGGUGUAUAUGAGAAGUUUGUGAGUGAAGAUGAUCGUAACAGUUUUACCUUGAAACUAGAAGAUACUGAAAACUGGUUGUAUGAAGAUGGAGAAGAUCAGCCAAAGCAAGUUUAUGUGGAUAAAUUGGCUGAAUUAAAAAGUUUAGGUCAGCCUAUAAAGAUACGGUUCCAGGAAUCUGAAGAAAGACCAAAAUUAUUUGAAGAACUAGGGAAACAAAUCCAACAGUAUAUGAAAGUAAUCAGCUCUUUCAAAAAUAAGGAGGACCAGUACGAUCAUUUAGAUGCAGCUGAUGUGGCAAAGGUGGAGAAAAGCACAAAUGAAGCAAUGGAGUGGAUGAAUAAUAAGCUGAACCUGCAGAGCAAGCAGAGCCUGACCCUAGAUCCCGUUGUCAAGACAAAAGAGAUUGAAGCUAAAAUGAAGGAGCUGGCCAGUAUUUGUAACCCUGUAAUUUCAAAGCCGAAGCCCAAAGUGGAACCUCCGAAAGAGGAGCAAAAAACUGCCGAGCAGAAUGGACCAGUGGAUGGACAAGGAGAUAGCCCUGGCCCGCAGGCUGCUGAGCAGGGUGCAGACACGGCUGUGCCUUCGGAUUCGGACAAGAAGCUUCCAGAAAUGGACAUUGAUUGAUUCCAACACUUGUUUAUAUUAAAAUAGACUAUUAUAAAGCUUUAAGUUGUCAACUUUGUUCUAAAUAUCAACUAGAGCAAGCGAAUACUGGAGAUUUCUUAGUCAGUUUUUAGGGAAUUUUGGGGGGUGGGGAUAUAGGUACUGUAUGGAGCAUUUUGACUUCUAAAUAGUUAGAUACAGAAAUGAAGUGCAUUGUAUCUUUUUUUCAUAAUGGUACUAUUUAGAAGCCCAGUUAGUCUUACUGAGCUUAUGCUUCACUCCUUUUAUGUUUAAUCAUGCUUCUACAACUGCGUUUGUUUUGGAAAGUUGAACUAUAGGAAAGCUGUAAGUUGUUUCCGAGCAGGCUUUACAUCAGGACAUGUGGCAGGAGCUCUGAUCAUGCUUAGAACUCUGUCAUAGAGAUUGCUGCAAAGGCUUCCCGCCUUGGGUGGGGGGGGAGAGUGGGGGCGCCCCCUAUUUCCGAGGGUGGAGUACGGCCUGAUGUGGAGAACAUAGAGCAGCAGACACACUGUGUGUCUUCACAGUUCACCUGUACUUCCAGCCCAACCCUGUCCCCGUCCCCCCAAGGGCUCCUGUUAAAAACGCCUGGGCGUGUAGACACCCCCACCUGCCGGGAGCGAGAUUAAACAGAAUUUUAGACUUGGAAGUGCUUCCUGACGGAAAGUAUAUUCACUAAUACCCGAACAUCCAAAUCUGAAUGACUUUCUCUUCAGAAGUUUAGGAUUGGGCGGAUACGCUUUCCAAUACCGGCAUGGUGAAUUUAAUAGGAGUUGACCCUUGUUCACUAUGGUGUAAAGAUUUGUGUCCUGGCCUGUCUGUCAGGUGGGAGACGUUCUGUGUAAACGAGGUUUAGCUCCCACUCCUAGGGUAAGAGAAAAGUUCUUUUUAGCUCGCUCACAGCUUGUACUAAGUGUUAGUAUCUGUCACAAAUCUGCCGGUUUGUACAUGUUAAACAGCUGACAGAUCCCACAAAAGCUAAGAUACACUGGAUUGUACCAGAUGAAUCUGAAAUUAGUCUUAAAGAAAUGUGUACCCGGUGUUAGGGCAGGAGCAUGUUCUUAACUGUGCAGCCAGGGUGGGGUGCAUCAAGCAUUCCCCUGGCUGCCCUUUGGGCAGUGUCGAUAGACAGGAGUGAGGCAUUUUGGAAACUUCAAAGGAAGCCUGCAUUAGAGGCCAGAUCUGGUACCUGCCUUAGAAACUGUGGCAAGCUUUGUUGGUUAUGUUUUGGAUCUUUGUAAUAACUGAUAGUCUGUAUGACAGAGUGUCUCUGUUAGUUUUGGCGUAUGUUGUUUCAAAUAAGAUUAUACCUUGCAUA